AAUGAGGGGAUUUACACCUUUCUUCAUCAUGGUUGCGCUCCUCAUCGCCACCAUCUCUGCAACCAAGAUUAACGUGCCAAGACUGAGGCUGGCCUUUAAAGAUUUGAUCUCCACCAACCGGUCAUCUAUCUUCAGUGGGUAUGAUGGCCAUCUCUCACUUAGUGCCAUCUUUCUGGAUGAGUACCGCGAUCGUCUGUUUCUGGGAGGGAAAGACGUCCUGUACUCUCUCAUGUUGAGUCCUGUCAGCAGUGAAUCUAAAGAGAUCUACUGGCCCCCGUUACCGGGAAACAGAGAGGACUGCAUUCAGAUGGGGAAGGAACAGACAGAGUGUGCCAACUUCGUUCGUCUUCUGCAGCCUUACAACCGCACCCACCUGCUGGCCUGUGGCACCGGCGCCUUCAAGCCCAUGUGUGCCUUCAUCUAUGUGGGCCACAGAGGAGAGCAUGUGUUCACGAUGGAUCCAAAGAACGUGGAGAGCGGACGAGGAAAGGUUCCACACGACCCCAACUUCCCAUUUGCUAGCACCUUCAGCGGGGGAGAGCUGUAUACAGGACUGACAGCAGAUUUUCUUGGACGAGACUCUGUAAUCAUCAGGAGCAUGGGAGGUCGCACCACCAUGAGGACAGAGACUGAUCAGAAACUACUGAACAACCCCAGGUUUGUUGCAGCCCACCUGAUCCCGGACAACGAUGACCGGGACAAUGACAAAGUGUAUUUUUUCUUCAAUGAGAAGGCCUCAGAGGCGGGGGACAGGGAGGAGGCCAUACAUGCACGAGUUGGACGAGUGUGUGCGAAUGAUGUUGGAGGCCAAAGAGUUCUGGUCAAUAAGUGGAGCACCUUCAUAAAAGCCAGACUGGUCUGUUCUGUACCAGGACCGCAUGGCAUCGACACACACUUCAACCAGCUUGAGGAUGUUUUCCUGCUGAGGACCAAGGACGAGAGAAACCCAAUUGUCUACGCAAUAAUGAGCACCAUCAGUAAUGUAUUUCAAGGCUUUGCUGUGUGUGUUUACCGCAUGGCUGACAUCAGAGAAGCUUUCAAUGGACCUUUUGCUCAUAAAGAGGGUCCCGACUAUCAGUGGGGUCCGUAUGAAGGCAGAGUACCUUAUCCAAGACCAGGAGUGUGCCCAAGUAAAAUCACCAACCAGCCUGGCAGAGAGUUUGGCAGCACGAAGGACUUCCCUGAUUCUGUGCUGCACUUUGCUCGCAGCCACCCGCUGAUGUGGCGGCCGGUGUAUCCAGCCCUGCGCCAGCCUGCGCUGGUGAAGGCCAACAUACCCUACAAGCUGACGCAAAUCGUGGUUGACAGGGUCGAGGCAGAAGAUGGGCAGUAUGAUGUCAUGUUCAUCGGUACAGAUGUUGGUAAAGUGUUGAAGGUAAUUGCUUUGCAUUCUGGAAACAGUUUAGAAACAGAAGAAGUUACACUGGAGGAGCUACAAGUUUUCAAGGUGCCAACUCCAAUUACAUCAAUGGAAAUAUCAGUGAAAAGGCAAGCCCUGUAUGUGGGCUCUCCAGCAGGUGUGGCGCAGGUGAAGCUGCAUCGCUGUGAGACGUACGGGAAAGUCUGCGCAGAGUGCUGCUUGGCCAGAGACCCUUACUGUGCGUGGGACGGAUCAUCCUGCACGCGCUUUGUUCCUAACAGCAAACGACGCUACCGCAGGCAGGACAUCCGACACGGAAACCCCGUUCUGCAGUGUGUGGAUCAGAAUCUGGGUGACCUGGAUGUGACAGAGGACAAGAUUGUUUAUGGGACGGAGAAAAACAGCACCUUCCUGGAGUGUGUUCCUCGCUCACCACAGGCUACAAUCACGUGGCUAGUCCAACGUGAAGACCGCAAGGAAGAGGUGAAGCUGGAUGACCGUGUGAUGUCAACAGAACAGGGUCUGCUGUUUCGUCAGCUCUUCCGUCAGGACGAAGGCGUUUACAUCUGCCGCUCUCGAGAGCACGGCUUCACCCAAACCCUGGCUCGCAUCACCCUGGAAGUCCUCCAGGGGGACUCUGUGGAUGAGCUCAUGGCACGCGACAACUCAGGUCUCUCCGACGCGUUCAAAGACCGCUCCACGGGAAGCUACAGGCCCUGGAUGCUUUGCAACACGUACAGCAAGGGCGGCCCGCAGAGCCAAAUCGGCCAGUCGCGCACAUGGUUCAAGGACAUCAUGCAGCUCAUUGGGCCAUCGAACCUGCCGCAGGUGGAGGAGUACUGCGAGAGGAUGUGGUGCAACGACAAGCUCCGGAGGAAACACAAGGGCAUGUUGGAGAAAUAUCGCCAAGCACAGGAGAGCGCUCGGAAGGCUCGUAGCAAGAGCUCUGGUGAACGCAACCGGACGCCACGAGAUCUAAGAAACUGGGAGGCGUAGAACGAUGGGAAAUGAGGAGUGGAACAAAAGGAGGAAAUCAUAAUCUUUGUAAUUAUGAUUUAAAGACAAAAUCAGAGGCACAAAAUUAAAGACCAGUCUAACAACUUGAUUUAAAUCAGUCUGUUUGGGUCUAAAAGUGAGGAUUUUUUUAAAUUUAAGGAGUAAAAAAGAAAAAGAAAACUAGAUGCAGUUGAGUAUCUGUAGAUGAAUAAAAUGAACACCCAGCUUGAAGUAAAAAUCUCCAGCAUGUUUUCCUAUUUGCUAACAAUAAGCUAACGUGCUGGGAGGUUUAAUUAGUGAAAUAGUGCGUGUAAAGGUUGGGUUCUCGGCUGUCUCUCAGAGGCUGAGGUAAUGUUUUUGGAGGAACGACACAACAAGAGACUGAUUCUGAACUGAAUGUGUUGCAGAGUUCCCAACGACAACAUCAAUAAUGACAAAAGGACGAAGGACAAUUUUUUGAUCACACUCCAAGGAUGCUUUUAAAAUUUGAAUUACCAAGAACACUUUUUUGUUUUCGUGCAUAUUUGUAUGACAGAGAUGACAGACUCAACAUGUUACAUCUCAUCAUUUGUCAUCAAAACCUGUCAAACCACAGAUUUUUCAAAAACAUGUUCAUAUCUGUGGGCUUAUUUACAAUAUGAACAUUAUCAAACUAUCUGUUGACUUCUGAAAUCCUUCUACACACUGAUGCUGUAAAAACAUUAUGUUUUUAAUUCUGGCUGCUUUUACACAAUCCAAUCACUGGAUUAAUUUCCUUUUUACACACACGCAUGCACAUACACACACUGACAUCAAAUGACAUCUCACUCACCCAUUCAGAGUACCGAAGCUAAGCUAACACGAACUAAAAGCUAUCAUGAGACGACUGUUGAUGGUUCAACAGAUUUAGGGCACGUGAGUUUAUUUUAUUUUUUUGGACUAAACGAUCCUAUAAACACCAGCUGUAGAUUAAGAGCACAGCUCAUAUAAACAAAGACAAUUCUCAGUUACGUCUUGGUUCCAUGUGGUAACACUUCUUACAAUAUAUACGGUAACUACUGGCUACAACACCAAAACUACUUGGAUAAAAUAGAUGUGCCGCCAAAAAGUAUCGGACCCAGUGGUUUCAGAACCUCUAAGGAGGUCCAGUGUUUGGCACAGAGAUGUUCUGCAGACUUCAGACUUAUUCUAGUGCAUCUUGUGGAUGCUUUGUCAGGCAGAUCGGGAGGAUUUUGAGUUUAGUUGACAUCUUAUGCUUUUAGAUGAAGUUUAAAAAUGCAGUAGUAAAGUGUGCUGUUUUGUCGAAGAAGCUAAGUUUCAUAACAGAGCAAUGCAUUACAAAAAGUAGAUGAACAUCAGUGGUUUUAUUGUGUCUGACUUAGGGCUCAGAUAAUCACUGACUUUUACUCCCUACUGUCUGGAACUCACUGUACUGAACAGGAAUUUAUACUAAAGGACAAAUUCAAAAAGGACAAAGAGGAGCUGUAUGCAACAAUUUUAUAUUUUUUCUUGUUUUAGGACAUUAAUUAAAAUGUUUCCUUUCAUAAUGAUUAUGCCAUAGAAGCUUUGAUGAUUAAUCAUUUGUUUAAAAAUAGAAAUUUAAGUAAAAAAAUAUUUCCACUGGU